GCAGAUCCCAUGGAGAAGGCGGCCGCGCAGUGGGAAGAGGUGGUGGCAGCAGCAGACAGCGGAGAUGGAGCGGCGGGCAUCCUGCGGACGUUCGUGUUGCAGAAGCACGGUGCCAAGGCUCCGGGUGCGCUCUGGGCGAUGCUGAAGGUCUUCGGGCAGCGCGACUGGCGCGACUUGCCGAUCGGCGGACUGGGGUCGCUCGCGAGGGAGGUGCCAGCAGAAGUCUUCUUCAAUGAGGAGCCUCCGGAGGACUCCCCGGACUGGACGGAAGAGGCUCUGAAGCGAGAGCGCGAGGCGGACGCAGGGGUCGCAGCAGCUGAGGAUUUCGUCCGCGAAAGGGGGAUGGAUGAGGCCGUGAGGUCCAGUGACCACAUGGAUGAGGAGGCGGAGAUGCACCACACCGCCAACGGCCCCCAGGUCCUCUUCGACCGCGUCAACCCCGAGGCCGUGAAGGAGAUUGGCAGGCGGGUGCUGAGCAAGGUCUUCAGAACUGCAGACGGAGGUGGGCCCACGCUGCUGAGGUUCCUCACGACCUACAGGGAGGAGAGCAAGAUGAUGGAGAUCGGCAUGAAGGGGAGACGGUACAGUGGAUUCUGCCCUGUUGUCAAGAAGAAGAAGAAGGACGAAGAGGAGGAGGAUCGCUCCCCGCAGCCCGACGGUGGGCUUGUGUCUGCGCAUGUGCGGACGAGCGUCUUCGCCCAGCCCUGUUGGUUGAGAGACGUGUUCAGAGCGGGACUUCCCAACCACUUGGUCUUCGACUUGGUGAACGCGCACUUGGCCAUCUCCGCGAAGAGGUGGGGCGCCGAUGAGGGGUCAGCUCUGAGGGAGUACAUCGACCGCCGGGACGCCGUGCUCUCGGAGACCCACGCAGAGCGGUGGAUCGCGAAGCAGCUCUAUCUGCGCCUGCUCUACGGCGGCUCCGUCAAGGCCUGGAAAGCCGAGCACAAGGUCACGCAGUUCGCGCGGGAGGGCUUCGCUCACAAGUUUGCGAAGGAGAUGUCAGAGGGCCGAAAGAAGGAUUGUGGUGCUCGCAAGGGGGAGCUGGGCAAACUCCGGCAGAUGACAGCACGGCCCGUGGAGUUCCUCCAGUACGCCCUCAACACGGCGACCGAGAGGGAGCUCGUUGACCUCGUCGUCAACAAGGUCGAGGAGGACCCUGAGGCGGCAGUCUGCGCCUUCGAGCACGACGGCCUCUUCCUCUACUACCCGGCAGGCCAGAAGAAGCUCCUCGCGGACAUCAAGAGUGUGCUGGGUGACGUCAGCUUCACGGUCAAGCCCACGCUGUCCGUCAAGGAUGCACUCGCGACAGCCGAGGCGGAGAUCCUGAAGCAGGCGCCGGAGCUGGGUCACUUGUGGAACCAAGUGGACGAUGCGUGGCUUGAUCACCACAACGUCAUCAUGCAGGCGUACGAGGGGAGCCUGACGUACCACGGCCUGUACGCAGAGGUCGUGUUGAGGUCGCCAGCGGUCUCUCCGGACGUGCCGUAUCCUUUGACGGCGAUAUUCAAGAUGAUCCUUGACACUGGACAUAGAUGUUGGUUUAGCUGCAGUCGCAGUGCGUGGUUUUUGACCGGGGACAGCAGCAUCGACGCGCUCAAGCUCGCAGCCUCGAAAAUUUGUGUACGGGACCUCUCCGACUACAUCUGCUCCUGGUCGACGUCAGAGGAUGCCAUCGCCACCGUCAACAUCCGCUGGGAAUACACCGGAGAGAGCUUCAAAAGUGGCCUGGCUGCCAGCCUCAAGCCUGCCCUCGGGGUGGCGCAGAGCGAGUUCGAUCUGGAUGGUGAGGAUACCAGGAAGUACCUCAACUUCAACGGCAAGGUCUUCAAUGCGGAGACUCUGCAGUGGUCGCCCAUGCGCCCGGAGAUGAAGAUCACGCGCAACACCGGCUGGGAUCACAAGUGGCCGGUCUGGUGGGGGGACUACGGAGCCGAGCUUCUGGGAGUGCUCAAGGAGGUGCGACGCCAGCAGGACUCCUUCAAGGACAACGAGAGGGAGUACGCCUUGGACGCGGCCGUGCAGAGGCGCCUUGACGAGCUGUGCGGCAAGAUCCCCGCGCUGGACGUGGUGCACACCUGGACUCGCGACGAUUGGGAGUCCACGAUCUUUGAGCUGUCGCUGUUCGCCAAGGGCACCUUCGGCAUGACGCAAGCCUGUGGCCUGUGGACCCGCGGAGUGGGGCGCAACGGGAAAGACACGGCGGCGAACAUGAUGGACUCGGUGCUGGGCGGGUACAGUGUGUCGCUGUUGGCGAGCACCCUCAGCAAGAUCAGGGAUCCGAAUGCCCCGUCCCCGGCCUACGCGCUGCUGAGGGCCCGCCGCUUCGUGGCGGUGAGGGAAAUAGACAAGUGUGACCCGAUCCGUCAACAAAUUUACAAGACG